CCACGGCCUACCAGAAUCCCAGAUAUCAAAGCGUUGCCUCGGAGAUACCUCUUGGCCACUAACCAACCAGCCAUGUUGUAUACAUAUUACUCUUAGUUGACUCCUGCUAAUCACCACCACACAAAUAAAGCUCUUGUCCACUACGAUUGCUGAGAGACAUCCAACUCAUCUUGAAGCCCCGGCCUUUCUUGACUGCUUCGGCACUUCCGGUUUAACUUUUUACAUAUUUAUUAACGCUUCAUUCAAACCUAUUUGUUUAACCUUAGUGGAAACGUUCCAGCUUAACCUGUUCCUUCAUCUGCGAAGAUGUCAUUUAUUCAAAAUACUUUUCGUGGUUUACCUCGGUUACCGAACAAGCAAGAAAGGGCUGCCAACAGACCUCGACCACCAUGGCAAAUAUGUCGGGAGCUUUCAGCCCGGCACUACAUGUACUUUUGCGUUGGCUUUCUUGCAUGGGUGAUCGAUGCAUUCGACUUCUUCGCGGUUUCGGUCACGCUCACCAGACUGAGUGUCCAAUUUGAUGGACGCUCGAUAACCGACUUGACAGAAUCGAUCACCCUUACUCUUCUCUUUCGGUCCGUCGGCGCUCUUGGUUUUGGGCUUCUGACCGAUAGGUUUGGACGUCGCUGGCCUCUGACAGCCAACCUAGUUUGUAUCGCCCUCUUGGCCCUGGGGACCGCAUUUGUGCAAACCUUCCAAGCCUUCCUUGCCGUCCGCGCGUUCUUUGGUAUCAUGAUGGGUGGUAUCUACGGCAUGGCUACAGCCACGGCUCUGGAAAACAUGCCUUCUGAAGCCCGCGGGCUCUUUUCAGGCAUCCUGCAGCAAGGCUACGCCAUCGGCUACCUGAUUGCUGCCAGUCUCAACCUAAGUCUUGUAGCCAAAACCGACGACUGGCGGUCGAUCUUCUAUUUCGGCGCUUGCCUGUCAUUUCUUAUUGCGAUCUUACGAGCGUUAUGUCCAGAGUCUCCAGUUUUUCUUGAAGCCCGAAAGCAAGCCCAAAUAAAUGCUGGCGACUCCUCAGGACGAUCUGCUGGAAAAGUUUACUUGGAUUCUUUGACGGCAGCCGUUAAGCAGUAUUGGGGUCGCUUUGUCUUCGCUAUCCUUUUGAUGACCGGUUUCAAUUUCUUGUCGCAUGGAUCCCAAGAUCUUUAUCCUACUUACGCACAAAUCACCAAGGGAAUGUCGAAGCAUCAAGCUUCACUUCUAACCAUCAUAGGUAACUGUGGAGCUAUCACCGGCGGUAUUCUCGGCGGAUGGUCUUCUCAGUUCCUUGGCCGUCGAUUGGCUAUCAUAGCCAUGUGUAUAUGGACCGGAGCAUUCAUCCCACUUUGGAUUCUUCCGACUAGCUUUUCUGGAUUGGCCCUUGGCGCCUUCUUUCUACAAUUCGGCGUCCAAGGAGCUUGGGGUGUUGUGCCGAUUUAUUUGAGUGAGAUUGCGCCUCCUGCAUGUUUAGCUAUAUUCACCGGGUUGACAUAUCAGCUAGGAAACAUGAUCAGUGCCGCAUCUACUCAAAUAGAAGCCAGGGCAGGUGAGCUUCACCGCGUGGUCAUAAACGGGACUGAAGUCGAGGAUUACACGGUAGUCCAAGCCGCUUUGAUCGGGACCGUGGCGGGGUAUAUUAUCAUCAUGACAUGCUUUGGGAAGGAAUACCGAGGGGUCGAUUUGGUCACUGGUGCACCAACUUCCGAGGAUACUACUCCCACUGUCACCGACGAAGAAACUUUGGCAAAGAUCGAAAAAGAGAAACCUUGAUCAUUAUUCUAAACCUAUUUCUUGAACCCCAUCCAACAAUUGCCUGUCCGUUCAACCUUGUCAUCUUGAUACACAUUAGCUGCGGUUUGCCCAUAUAAUAAUUGAUUUGUUCUCGUUCUUUUUUUUCAGUGGUUCUUUCAUCGGCGUAAUCUUGCCUCAUUCUAUCAUACCUCAUUAUAACUCUGUACCCGUACCCAUUGUUCUCACAAUGAUGGUUAGUUUCCGAGCUCCGUCUUUUUCUUGUUCUGUUUUAUGAAGUCUUAUUCCGUUCAGAUCGUAUCAUCUUGUAAUAAACUUGGGUUUCGGCUCGUCCACCUUUGUGGGGUCAGUCUGAAUGCAAUCCAAUCCUACUUACACCCCAAAAAUGGGGGGUACAAAGGAGGCGUACUCCAAA